AUGCCCGACUCCUCGGAGGAAGAGGACUACAUGUCCAUGGACUUCCUCGCCGGGGAGGCCAACACCACGCAGCCCGAGACGUCGCUGCAACGGCGGGAGCGCCUGAAGCGCGAGGCGGCGAUCCGCGGGCGGCCCAAGUCCAAGGCCGAGCUGGCGGCCGAGGAGAAGGCGGCGCGCGAGGAGGCGCUGUCGCGGUCGCUGAUCGACGACGCGCGCAGCCUGGCGGCGCAGAAGUCCAAGGGCCUGUCCAUGAUGAAGAAGAUGGGCUUCGCGCCGGGCGGCACCCUGGGCGCCCGCGACAACGCCUACGCCAAGGCCGAGCCCGUCGGCCUCAGCAUCAAGGAGGACCGCGGCGGCAUCGGGCUCGACGCGCAGCGCAAGCGCGCGCUGGACGAGGCCGCCGAGCGCGAGGGCGUCCCCAAGAAGCCCAAGGUCCUGGACGAAGGCGAGUUUCGCGAGCGGAACCGCCGCGAGCGCGAGCUGAAGCGCUGGGAGGGCCAGGCGUACGGCGCGCAGAAGGUGUGCGAGCGCAUGGACGAGGAGCGGGACGCGCAGGCCCACACGCAGUCGGUGGCGACGGGAGAGGAGAGCGAGGGCGACGGGUCGGCGGACGAGCAGAAGCAGAAGCAGAAAAAGAAACGGACGCUAUCCACGCGGCCGCUGAAGAGCAUCAACGUCCUGUGGCGCGGUCUGGUACGGCAGCGGGAGGAGGCGGAGCGCGAGCGCCGCAUGCGGUACGACCUUGAGCAGAGCCUGUCGCGGCUGCCGACCUACGAGGACGAGAAUGAGGACGAAGACGACCGCAGGGCCCUGGGCAAGACCAAGACGGCAUACGUGCCGGUGGAGGACCUGGAGGAGGAGGACCCAGAGCUCGAUGAGUUCAACGCGCUCGAGCCUGACGAGAAACUGAGGAGGCUCGUGAAUUAUCUCAGGGACGAGUACCAGUACUGCUUCUGGUGUAAAUGCUCGUAUCCAGACGAGGAGAUGGACGGCUGUCCUGGACUGACCGAAGAGGAUCACGAUUAA